AUGACCUCCCAAAUUUAUCAGCAUUAUUCCACCAAGGUGGAGGCUGCCGUCAACCGUCUGGCCAACCUGCAUUUGAGGGCCUCCUAUACCUACCUCUCUCUGGGCUUUUAUUUCCACUGCGACGAUGUGGCUCUGGAGGGCAUGGGCCACUUCCCUGAGCUGGCCGAGGAGAAGCGCAAGGGAGCCCAGUGUUUCUGGAAGAUGCAAAACAAGUGUAGUAGCUACUUUCUCUUCCAGGAUGUGCAGGAGCCGUCCCACAAUGAGUGCGGUACAACUCAGGACACCAUGGAAGCCGCCAUGGUCAGGGAGAACCUGAACCAGGCCCUUUUGGAUCUGCAGGCCUUGGGUUCUGCCCACACAGACCCUCAGCUCUGUGAUUUCCUGGAGAACCACUUCCUGGAUGAGGAGGUGAAACUCAUCAAGAAGAUGGGCAACUACUUGACUAACCUCUGA